AUGUGGCAUGUUAACAAGCACAAUGGUAGACAAGCCAUUGACAUGGUGUUGAUGGACCAUACGGGUGCAAAGAUUGGCGCCACUCUAUGGCAAGAAUUGUUCCCUGAAUUUGAGCCGAAUUUAUUCGUCAAAACUACGUUUGUCAAGGAGGUUGAACGUCCUAAGAUUCCUCCUAAUGUCCAUGUGAUUAUUGAAUUUGCUUAUAUUAUUACUGGCGUGGCACCGCGUGAUACGUUAGUUGAUGUUGUCAGUGUUAUUGUUGAAGUUAUUAAACGUAAAACAGUUAAUCCUGCAUACAGAGUUACAGUGAAGUUGAGAGAUAACAGUGAUGUUGAGAUCAUCAUGACUGUGUGGGAGGAAUAUGCUCUUCAGCUUGAUGAUGCUAUCGAAAAAAACCAUUUUGUUCAGAAGCCAUUGGUCAUUUUGUUAACCCUUACUAAGAUCAAAGAUUCCAAAGACAAGUAUCCCCUUAGUGUCCAAAAUAUCAAGCAUGGGUCCAAGUUGUAUGUCAACACUGAUAUUGUAGAAAUCCAACAAUUCCGUAAAAGUUUACGAGUGCCAUUUUAUGUUGGCGGAGUAACAAAUGAAGGAAGCGCUUCUCAGUCCCAGUAUAGCCAACAUUCCCAACGAAACUCAGUGGAAAAGUUCUUGCAUAAUGCUCAAAUGGUGAACUUAGGUGAAAUAAGUAGACUGAGACAGGAUUGUUACUGUUUGACCGUUGCUACGGUGGAUGAAGUGAUGAUUGAUACACCAUGGAGUUAUGAUAGUUGUCCCUAUUGUACUACAACAUUUGAUCCAUUAAAAAUAGGUGCAGUCUGUCGUUCGUGCCAGAACCAAGUUACUCACACCGUUCCAAGGUAUAAGUUAGUUGUCAAAAUGGAACAAAAUAGGGAGAAGGCUAACUUCCAUUUCUGGGAUGUGACGUGUAUCAAAAUCUUUGGUAAAAUGGCCGAUGAAUGUCAUCAACAGUUGAUUGCAAGUGGUGACGAGAUCAAGGUGUUCCCUCCGUGUGUGGAUGAAUUGUUGGGUAAGACCUGGGCUGUCAUAUUCAAGUACCAUUUUCAGAUGCGGCAAUCAUCUAUGUUGGAUGAUGAACCAAGUAUAGGGAAGUCACCAGCUGUUGGUGCUGAAACUUCAUCACAGGAUUACCAUCUUACGUCAGCUGAUUAUGAUCCUGGAAAGACUGUCUUUGUCACUCCUGCCAAAAGAAUGUGUGAUCAGCAAGACAGUAGUGAAUUUGAGUUUGACGAAUACACACCAUAUGAGCUAUUGACGAACAAGCAUAUGAAAGUUGAGUAA